AUGAAUGCAUUGAUAGCAGUAGUGAUGAUAAUUGGGUGUCAAGUGCUGGUCAGUGAUGGCAAUAUCAUUGAAGACUACCGAGACUUAUGCGGUUAUCAUUACAACUUUGGUGAUCGCAUAUAUCCACUGUUGCAACGGAUCCGCGCGAACCACAAAGACAGCGACCAUUCGGAAGGGUUUCAUCUGACGCCCGACGCGUGUCGAGCGCUGGUUCCGGGCGGACACGACUUCGCGGCCACAACUGUCUACCUGUCGGACGACGACCACUAUCUCUAUGAAUACAUUUCGUGCAAAUCUGUCCGCAAUUUGUCCGGUAAUGGCGUUCUUGAGCUGUCUUUCGGUGGUCAGCCGUUCACGCGUUCGGCCCAUCUGUUUAUCUUAUGGAUCAAAUUGUUGAGUCCGUUUGCGGUCACGACUGGUGGCCAUCGGUUCGCGAUUAACGGAACCGUUGCUAUGAUAUCGCCGGACGAGACCGACAAACAGGUGCUGAUGAAAGACUUGAAUUUUGAUCCCAAAGUGGUAACUCUUGAGAUAUCAACGGAUCCGUUGCUCGACAGCCAAUCAUUUAGUGUGAAGAACUCGUAUCUGAUAUCGUGUCGAAUCAGAACAUUAAAUACUUACGGAUCAAACAAGUACUGCAAACCCGUCGAAGACAACGAACGGAUCCGAUGCGAGUGCAGACAACUGGAGGACGACUACUAUCACAUGUAUUUCGUGGUCACAUUCUGGGCGCUGGCGAUGAUUGUGGCGUUUAAACCGUUGGUAACACUACUCCUGACGCCCGACAGUCACGAGAAGACAGUCUUUCAUCAGACAAUUAAUUGCAGUCCAAAGUCAUGUUCGUAUCAGUACUGCUAUGUCUUACGUCUGGCCAAAGAAUCCAUGGAUACUAUACUCACUGGCGUUACCAUUGAUAUCGAGUUCUUCACUACUGAUCACCAAAGCGUUGCACCUCAGCUCCGGUUCUUAGCCAAUGUGUUGGACAAACGACCGGUCGUUGAUUUGCUGAUAUAUCAAUGGCGUCUCACAGCGCUUCCACCCCUCAAGACCGUCGAGUGCCGCCACUCGGGCGACGAUCUGAAGAUUGUAUUGCUGUCCAUAUCUGUUCACUGUGUUCUGGGAGAGAGGGUUCCGGGCGUCGACUACAAGAUCCAGAAGAAUAUCGUGCGAUACGUGCGGCGCUUCCGACUGAUUCCCGCCGGACAACCGCUGGACGACAUCGAAGACACGCCGCUGAAGGCCCACAUCGGCUACAAUGAGGUCACGCUAUCGACGCUGGAAGUGAUUUGGUUACUCUUCGCGAACAUUUCGUUCGUGGCAUUAAUCGCCACAUUUGUUCAACACGUGUCCGUUAGCCACACAUUGUUGUCCCGAAUGGGCGUUCAAUUCGCGGCGCUGACCGUCGCCGCCGUCGCCGCGCAGACACUGGUUAUCGGUGUCUAUAAGAGUCUACUUCUCGGAGAACUGACACAACAGAGACGAUUGCAAUCGGUUUUUGAGAAACGCUUUCACUAUUCAAUUAUCGCCUAUUAUGUGGCGAUAAGUGUCUGUGCCGUCAGCGCCGGUAUCUAUAUCUGUCUUCUCGCGGAACCAUUUGAUCAAACGUACGGUUGGUUUUGUCUGACAGUCGCCGCCUCGGGAGUGAUGUGUCUUCUGUGGGUCUUUUGCCACCAUUUUUGCGGUUCAUUGUCUUCAAAACCCAAACCAAAUGGUAGUGUCUCUGAACUCACAUACAAUUCUACAUCCGUUUCAUCCGAGAGUUAA